AUGAAAUCCGUGUGUGUGUUUUUCUUUUUCGAAUUUCUGUGCUACGGCUCCCUUGCGGCGCCGUUGCGAACUGUCCUCUGCUGCUGCGGCUGCGAAUCGGAAGUCUGUCCGAUUGUUGGGGCAAGCUGCGACGAGCCGCGACAGCCGUGCGACCCUUCAUCAGUGGACAUUCUGCUCUGUUCUGGUAUUUAUUUUCUUAGAUUUUUAUUCUUGCUCAUACUUUCCAAUUUUUUUUCAUGCGUUUUAAAGAACUGGAACGACUAGCAGGGGCUACACGAGAAAAUUCGGCUCAAAACGAGUCAUCUAUAAGCAUGGAGCAUCUGGUAGUUUUCUUUUCCCUUCUCAGAAGAAGCUGUAGUUCAGAAAAUUGACCAACGGCCGAUGGAGGACUUUUCAGAUAUCGACUCCGCAGCCAUUGAAAACGAAUACUUCUUGCCGGCAAGUUCCAUCUCUCUUCCAAAAUCUUUCAUGCUUUGUUCCAAUUCAGGACCAGUUAUCAGUUCAACAGAACGAAGAAAACGACAUUCCACCGGCCCUCUUGAUGUUGACAACGAAAUCUUAUGAAAUUUGUUAACUGCAACCUUUCAGAAGAGACUUCAACGAAACGUCAUCUGUUCAGUCUCCAUCUUUUUACAGGCAGUCUGUGGAAGAUGUAAGACAAUAUAAACUGAAGAUUCGGACUCCAAUUCCAGGAUUACAUCGAGUAUUAUCAUCAACAAUUGAACAAACUCCAUGGAAUGAUUGACGAAAUGGCGGUUUUUCAAUGAAAAGGUCAUCAAAAACGUUCUUACUCUUCCAGAAAAUGAUGAAAAUGAUGAGAAAAGUAGUUGGAAAACGAAGGUUGAAUGAAGAAGAAAGCAGCGAAGUCGAUGAGACUGUCGAAACUGCGGCGGAAGUUUUCAAAAGGCGCAAGAUUAGGUCGAGAAGGAGCAACAAAAGCAACUGCAAUGACAAAAAAUUGGGAGAAUUAAUAGAAAAGGUAGGCGUCCAAAGUCCGAAAAUAAAAUUGAAAGUUGUAGAACAUAAAAAAAGACGCCAAGGCCUCGAAAAGAGCGAUUCAAAAGGCUGCGGCCGAAGAAUUCGGCGGACAGUUCAACGUCGUCUGCAGUCCUUGCGAAUUCACUUUUGUCGUCAAUUCGCAAAAGUUUUGCGAUGGAUUUAAAAACGAGGUCUUUUUUUUUAUUUUCCAUUUUUCUUGAAUAAUAUCAUCUUUAGGUGGCCUGUUUCGCUUUUCUCCAGCCGUCUUCCUCUUCGGACAGUUGA